AUCAAAGAAGAGGCGGGACUUCCCUCCCGGAAGUGACCCACGUGCUUCCGCUUUAUCUUACCUGGUCGCACGGUGAGUUUCUACUGUUUACCCGAAGUUGGGGACACCGCGGGCAUUGUGACUGGCCGCGGGCCGUGGACUAGGAAGCCAGAAGGACAUCUCUUCCACGGUGCAGGGCUGAGAUGGAUCCGCUCAGGGCCCAGCAGCUGGCUGCGGAGCUGGAGGUAGAGAUGAUGGCUGAUAUGUACAACAGAAUGACCAGUGCCUGUCACCGGAAGUGCGUGCCUCCCCACUACAAGGAAGCAGAACUGUCCAAGGGCGAAUCUGUGUGCCUGGACCGCUGUGUCUCCAAGUACCUUGAUAUCCAUGAGCGGAUGGGCAAGAAGUUGACAGAGUUGUCUAUGCAGGAUGAAGAGCUGAUGAAGAGGGUGCAGCAGAGCUCUGGGCCCGUGUGAGGCCCCAGACGGUAUACACCCCAAGGUGCGCCCUGCCCCUUCCCACUUGUCUAAUAAAAGUGCCCCCAUUGGGUGUCAUCUGUGAA